AUGACCAUAUUGACGCAUGACACCCCUGACCUAUCAUUGGCCUCGCACCGCUCAACAUUCCAACCAAGAGACCAUCUUGAAAGUCUGAUCACCAAAUACGGAUACCCCACACCUGUGUCACUCUCCUCCCUGCGAGAUUUGACAGCCACCUCAUCUACUUAUAAUCCCCCUUCCCCUCGGCCCCGUUAUCCGGAUUCCAUUCCGAUCAACGCUUUUGAAUCACUCGCCUUAUCCUCGUCAACGAGACCUAUUCCCAUACCAAGACGCCCCGGUCCAAUAUACGAUCUUCCAGUGACACCACUCACCGGUAGAUUUGACCACGACUCUUAUUUCGACGAUUGGGAACGUGCGUCUCAAUCCGCCAAGUCCCGAAAAGUCCCCUCAAUCCGACCUAUCCGUCAUAGCCAAUAUUCAUCACAGCCCCCAUCUUCGAGGAGAAUGCGUUCUGAUAACUCACCUUACUACUCCCCGGCUGCCUCGCCUAUCAUGUCUCCACGACGCUCAAGCUCUCCUCAGCCAACUCGCUCUCGGACCCAGAACCCAUCCAAGGCCAAGCAAACCCAAACCCAGAACUUCCAUCUCGGUAGCCUGCCCCGGUUCCAUCCCGCCGUAUAUCAGUCGAGCAGUACUUCUCACAAUACUGCUCCCCAGCCUUCAUCUCCUCGCCAAUCCCGGCAGCCUGCCUACCGCACUGCAGCGGGGUCACGCGACAUGAUGUGGCAAUACCGUGAGUUCAUCGAGGGCGUCCACCAAGGUCCUUCGGCCCCCCGUUUGGACCCUUUGGUUAGCCCGGGCCCCGUCACGCCCCUGGCGCUAGAGGCCGGUGACUACCUCGCCCAUGGCUCGAUGAACAACACAUCCGAGCGGGCUCCACGAGAUGUCCCAAAGAAUUCCGGUCCUCCGGCUGAGCUGGUGGAGAAGCUCAUUGCCUACGAGGAGAAGGUUCGACAGAUGGCUCGAAAGCCCGCUAAAGGCCGGUAG